AUGGCCACCGGCGAACUGGAAGAAGCCUCUCCGUCUUCGUCGCGACCUCGAGUCGAGCGCGUAGAGAGCCUUCUUCCACUUGAGGACUACGAGCUUCGACUUGAACUCAUCGAAAGCAUCCGAGCGGAGCUAGAGCGCUUUCGCGGUCCUGAAAAGCCUGACCUCACCGGACUUGAGUUUACGUACCUCAUCAACAUGCCGCUCGACAAAUUGCGAAGCCUCAAAGAAAUGCUUCCCGACACAUCCGGCCAUCUCCAAGCCAUGAUCAACAAGUUGGGCAAUGCAACGUGGUGGUUCCUCCAAAAGGCCGCACACAAGAUCGAGUUUCCUGAACGACCCCACGCCAACUCCUCCGCAAAAGGGAAAGCGCCGCAGCGUGUCACCUCUCUGGGCUCUGUCUCAAAGCCUGCAUCAUCCAGCAAAUCACACGCCAGUGGACGACGCUCAGCAUCAGAUGGAAGCACCUUACGCAAAAUCAUCUCAAACCCCUCUGUGGCCGGUUCUGCGACCAGUUCUGUAGCCACAAGCAAGAGUACUGAGGCUGAUCGAAGUGAGUGUCUCAAAAAGGUGUGCUUGGAGUUCGAUGGCAACUGUUGUGUGGUGACCGGUGCCAGUAAUCCUCAGGUCUGCCAUAUUGUUCCUUUCGCCUGGUCCAAGCAUCAAAAGAACUUUGAGGUUACCAAGCGCUUGAUGCCUGCCCUCCAAUUAGUGAUCGACAUCCAACCCCCCAAGCUCAAGCGGGAAGCCAUGGACAAGCUGCUUCUAGGUGUCGGCUGUACUGACCGGCUGUGGAACUUGGUGUGUCUGAGCCCCCAGCUUCACGAGUGGUGGGACCACGCGUAUUUCGGCCUGAUGCACUACGGCAGCAAUGAUUCUGAGGAAGACGGGUUUGUGGAGAUCCAUCUACAAUUCGUCUGGAUGCCACGUAACAUCUCUCAAUUUGCAACGAAGCAAAUCGCCCUGGAUCAGCAGGCGCACCCAUCCACAAGUCUUUCGGCCGGCCUCAAUCACCACUAUGGAGGCCAAACAAUGAAACCAUGCUCAGACUUGAGUUGCAACGAAUGUCAGGCUAUCCGAAAGGUCAAGGCACAUGAUAUCACCAACCGCCCGAUCGUGAACGGCCAGAUCAUAGUGGUCAAACGUCGCAAAGAGGAUGCCCCUCUCUUUGAGGCUAUGAUCAAGAUUCAAUAUGCCAUUAUCCGUGCUGCAGCCAUAUCAGGCGGCGCUCUUGCUCCUGGAGAACUUCGAGAUGAAGACUUGGACGAAGGGGAGGCAGGAGAAAUUGAGAAAGAGGACCCUGUGCCAACUGCCAAGCGCAUCGAAGACUGGCUGGACUGUAUAUAG